CAAUAUUUAGGUGUAUUUUCAAACUAACAUGGAAUAACAUUAAUAUUCUUCGAUUAAACUUUAUAUUUAUAUAGAAAGAGACAAUCGGAGUUAGUUCCAACUGAUUCUGGUUUCCUUUACUAGUAAAAAGAAACGAUACUGAUCAACCAUGCUUGAGUGGAUACAGCUGACCCUUACUAUUGGAAUGAUUGGGUUGUUUUUGUACGUUUGGCUAACAACGAAGAACGAUGUUAACGAUGCGCCUAGGCCAGCUGUUAAAUCGUUUUUGUCUCAAGACGUCCAGACAGACAACACAGGUCGAAAUCAAGCAGUCACUAAAGCCGUUCAGACAGAAAACGAAGGUCGAAAUCAAGCAGUCUGUAAAGCCAUUCAGACAGAAAAUGAAGCGACUGCAGUGGUGAAUGGUACUGAUGACGAGUCAAAAGAUCUCUUCGUGGACCCUAAUAUGACAGAUAAUCUGCAAGACAAACAUGAAGCAACACUGAUCACAGGAGGAUACUCCGCUUUGCAGAAGAAGAUCAUCUCAGAGUUGAAUCUUUGGCAAAAUAUAGUGAUACGGUUUGCUAUCAUUGGUGAAUCAGGAUCAGGCAAUUCGUCCUUUAUAAAUGCAAUGCUUGGAAUUACUUCGGACGAUCCUGAUGCGGCAAAGGUAGGCUGUAAUGAUUGCACGCCUGUUUGCCAAGAAUUUCGACACCCCCGUAAAAAGACAUUAUCGUUUACUCGUCUUCCUGGUGUAGGAACCCCAAACUUUCCGAAAGAAUCUUACCUUAAAGCUGUGCAAUUUGAGAGUUACCACUUUUUUAUAUUUAUAACACAGUGUCGGUUUAAAGAAAAUGACCUAUGGCUGGUAAAAGAAAUUGAAAAACGUGAAAAACAUUUUUAUUUUGUUAAAACCAAAAUAGACAAAAUCGCCCACCGACGUUCACAUAAUCCAGAGAAGCUGCUCCAGGAAAUUCGAACUAAAACAGGAGAACAAUUGAUAUCAGUAAAUGUUAGCCCAAACAAUGUUUUCCUGAUCGACAACUACGAUACAAGACUAUUUGACUUUACAAAUAUGAUGGAAAGACUCAUGGUCGACGCACCGUCACUUGUUAAGCAAUCAUUGAUAUUUUCGAUAUCGGCAGCAAGUCCAAACAUACUCCAGGAAAAGGUAGCUGCUCUUCGUUCACGAAUAAUAUAUCAGGCAAUUAUUGCUUCCAUAGGCUCGCUUGCGAUUCCGGGAGUUGAAUUAGCUUAUGAAGUUGGAAUACUCAUGAAGGAGGUGAGUUUUUACAAGUCACAAUUGGGAACUGAUAAGAACACAAUGCAACAGCUUGCAAUGAAGAUGGGUAUUAGCGUGUCGAAUUUGUACUACCGCGUCGGUAUGACUUCGCACAUUCUCUUAGCGUCAAAGGAUAACUUUCUUAAAAUGUGUACUGAGAUUGCUGUAUCUAAAGCCACAGAGAGUUUGCUUAAAUGGGCUGCCCCUACUUACGGACAUCUUAUAUCUGCAGCUGCUAGCUUUCCUUUUUGUUACUUUACACUAAACCGAUUGCUGAAUGUGUGCGAAGAAGAGGCUAUGAACGUGAACGAAAAAUUCGAAAUGUGGAUGGUAGAACGUAUCCCCGACGAGUGGCUUUAAUAGGAUUCAGAAUGACAAACACACACUUGUACAAUGUAUCGUGUUUAUAAGUUCACCAGUUUGUGUUUACAAAUGGCUGCAUUGUUAAAUUUAUUAUAUCACAAUAUUGUCAAGCAGAAUAAAUAUCCAGCAGAAAAAUACAUUUUAACGAUCAAUCAAUUUAUUCAUGAAUGUGUCCGACUUUUAGUUACUACGCAUCAUUUAUCGUUUUAAUAUUUCAAUGUGUUUGUGUGCAUUAAUGUUGUUUC